AAAAAUAUAAAUCCUCGUAUUAAUAGUUUAUAUAUCUAGUAGCUCCAUGCACAGCGGCAGCAGAGCGUCGCCGAGAUUCGCGGUCGCGACCGCCAGCGACGCUCGUGAUAAGCAAUACAAGUUAACGAAGUUGUUGGUGAAUGUAACUAUUCAGAAUAGUUUGGGCCCGGUGAAUUUGGUGAUGUCGCCGGAGAAUACCGUCGGAGAAUUGAUAAGGGCGGCGAUUGAGAUUUACGUGAAGGAGAAACGGCGGCCGUUGUUGAAUCGUAGUGAUCCGCUUUGUUAUGAACUUCAUUAUUCUCAAUUUAGUAUGGAGAGUUUGAGGAAAGAGGAGAAAUUGGUGAAUUUGGGAUGUCGAAGUUUCUUUGUUUGUCCAAAACCAAGCACUUAACAUCAAGUUAUUUCACUUCCAUUUACAAAGCUCAUGGAUUUCGUUCUAUAGCUUUUUAUCCACAUUUUAAACUAGUUAUUUUUGGUUUUGGUGUUUUUUUUUUUUUUUUUUCAUUUGAAUGUACGUACGUGUGACGUGUCACCUUUUCAAUUAUUUGUCGAAAUUAAUGUAUGUGCUAAAAUAAUGAAUAUAUUGGCU